AUGGCUGAAUAUGGUACCGUUGUUGCUAAUUUCAAAAGAGACACAAUUUACAUCGAUAAUGUUUUAAUUAAUACAAUUGAAGUAGUUGACAAAAAUGAAGAUGAAUUAAUUAUUGACUUUUCUGAGUAUAUUCAAGAAAAACUUACUACGGACUUUGCCACUGAUAUUCACAUUAUUCUGAUUCAUUUUGAUAUUUCAGUUAUGAGCGUUGGUAAAGUUAUAAAUAAAUUCUUAUUGAUUUAUUCUAAUGCGGAAAAACUAUUGGAAAAAACACAGAUUCUUGGUAAAGAAGUUUAA